AUGUUGCUCGGUGAGCUUGAUAAAUUAACUAACCCCAAUAUUUCCCAAGAAAUAACUAAGUUAAGAGAAAGAGUUCGCAACCUAAAAAUAGAACACUUGCCUCCUAAAUUAGCCAACCAAAAAUCUGAACUACAGCAAUUGAUUAACCAAUCUAAAAAUAAAUUAGGAGAAUUACAAAGUUUAUUAGAUAUUUUUCUCGAUAAUCAAAUUGAAGUUGUUCAAAACCCUGAAAAUGAUUUCGCUCGUAAACAAACUGGAAAGUUAAAGGGACUUUUAAGAGCCAAAUUAACUGAUGCUGAAAUUAAAAAUUUACAAGAUAAACAAGCCGAAAUUAUUCAAUUACAAGAGCAAUUAACUUCUUGA